CCGGAAGUCCGCGCUCCCCGCGGCUCUGUGGUAACGUCCCCUGAGGCGGAAGAGCGGGGCUGUGGCGGCGGCGGCGGCGGGAGACGGGGAAUGACGAUGACCAGCCUUCUGCCUUCAGCAGGGGACGGAAACUGCUAUUACAUCCUGACAGAAGACUGUGCCUAUGGCAGCAAGUACUUCCAAGCUGGGAACAUGUGCUUCUGCAGCGAGAGAAGUUACCUGCGCAACUUCUCUGAUGACAGGCCCCCGGCUUGCUUCUUGAAAGUCAUCAUGCUGGAUGACAGCUCCACCGUCACGAUAAAUGUAGAAAUCCUUCAGCCUGUGCGCGAGGAGGCGGCUGUCUUCCUUCUGGCCAUCAGCAGUCACAACGAACGCUUGAACUACUUCUUGGAGAGGCUGGGCCUUGAAGCAGCUCUGCGGGCCGUGCCGGGCCAAAAAGUGAUGGUGGAGGUUGACCGGCAACAUCUCCCUGGUAUCAUCCGCUACAUCGGGAGCAUUUACAAAAACACUUCGGCUGCGCUGUCUCCGUUCUUCUUCGGGGUGGAGUUACAGGGUGAGGGAGAAAACAGAGGGCGUAGCGAUGGAUCUUAUCAUGGCACCGAGUAUUUUAAGUGUAAGCGGAACUGCGGGAUCUUCCUGCCGUUUAGCAGAGUCCAGUUUACUCCCAUGCCAGACGACGACUACGUGAAACAGAAGCCAAAACCGGACAUGGAGGAGGAGGUUCCUGUGAAAGUGGGAGAUGCUGUUAGCUUCUAUGUGGAUGAGGUCCUCACAAAAGGAAUAGCGAUGGCAGUUUACAGGGAAGGAACCCAAUGGUUCGUUAAAGUUUGUCCGGAAGAAGAAGGAACAACUGACAUUUUCAGAGAAAUCCCUAUGGACUCUGUUGUGAAGGAAAGCUUGCAAAGUUUAUUUUCACCGUUCGAGUCCGACAUGGGCUUGGGACACCCAAACCAAAUGAAACGAGAGAUAAGCGAGAGUGGUGAGGAGUGCGAAAGUGGGAAUUCAUCCCUGGAGGUGAACUCCAUGGUCCAGAUCACCUUGGACAAGGGAAACCAGGUUUCGGGAAUCAUCCGCUGGUUGGGCUACCUGCCCCAAAUUAAGCACAAAAUGGCAGGAGUUGAACUGGAUGAAGAUAAGGGGGUCACUGCUGGCGAAUGGCUGGGCAAAUACUACUUCCACUGCGCUCCAAAGCGUGGCCUCUUCGUGAGGCUGCAGUCCUGCCAGCCCGACGUUCGCUUCCAGUGUUCGCGCAACAGAGGGCAAGAAGUUCUUCCGCAGACUCCAGACAGUUUUCCUCCCCUCAGGAACGAGGCAGCAGUGCGUGUUCUGCGAGGGCGGAUGAAGGGGAUCCAAGGCCAUUGUAAUUCCUGCUAUAUGGACGCAGCUCUCUUCAGCCUCUUCUCCUGUACGUCCGUGCUGGACUCCAUGCUCUUCAAGCCCUUCCCGCUGUGUGACAGGAACGUCCAGAGCAUUCUGCGGGAUGAGAUUGUUAAUCCCCUCCGAAAGACUGGCUUCGUCAGGGCUAGGAGUGUGAUGCACCUUAGGGAGCAGCUAACUGAAAAGGGCCAGUGUUCAAGUUUUACCAACGCUGAGAAAGAUCCUGAGGAAUUCCUCAAUCUCAUAAUGCAUCAGAUCCUGGGAAUAGAGCCACUCUUGAAACUGCAGUCAGGAGGCCAGAAGGAGCAGGACUGUUACUGUUACCAGAUAUUUAUGGACAAACAGGAGGAUCUGGUGGUUCCCGACGUGCAGCAGUUAGUGGAACACUCCUUCCUGUCCUCUGAUCUGAAGCUAGUGGAGAUCCCAUCUUGCUUCAUUAUCCAAAUGCCGCGGUUUGGGAAGGAAUAUAAAAUGUUCAGCAAAAUCAUUCCUUCCUUGGAGCUGGAUAUAACAGAUCUGCUGCUUGACAGUCCCAGGGAGUGCUGCAUGUGUGGUGACGUUGCCACCCUGGAGUGUUCGGAUUGUUUCAAGGACAAGGUAUUCGCAGCUACAGGCUUGAAGCAGUUCUGCAGUUCCUGCUCCAGACAGGUUCACUCCCACUACCGACGCAAAACGCACAAGCCAACUAGGCUGCAUGUCCCAGAAGAGUUUCACAGCCGGAGCACCCGGGGCAGCCAGCAGGUCCCUCGUGAGAAGAUGGAGCUUUUUGCAGUGCUCUGCAUCGAGACCAGUCAUUACGUCUCCUUUGUGAAAUACGGCCCCGAGAACGAACACUGGAUGUUCUUCGACAGCAUGGCUGACAGGCACGGUGAUGAAAACGGCUUCAACAUUCCCACGGUAACGCUGUGCCCUGAAAUUGCCAAAUACCUAGACUUGCCACUGGCUGUGCUGGCCCUGGAGCAACCUCGAGACAUGGAUGGAGUGGCCAAGCGGCUCUUCUGCGAUGCCUACAUGUACAUGUACCAGAGCAAGAAGAUGGCACUUUACAAAUGACACUGCCUUGGGCUGGUGCCGCAGAGGAGCGAGGCGUUGGAAACGUGAGCUUGGAUCAACUCUGCAGCUCGUAAUCGGUGAAAGCAGCCGAGACUGGGCGCACCGAGCUUACGCUUCUGCCUCUUCUUACCUCUUCCAGUGUCUGGUAUCAAGCUGUCCACGUCAGCCUGUCUGGGUUUGUUAAAUCCUGUACCUGGCCUUAUGGAGCGAUAGUUUGUACUUCCACCAGACCUGGACUCUGAAUUAUUUACACUGAAAUUCAUUCUCAUUUCCUACCUUCCCUUUCCACCCUCCUUCCUCUCCAGGCACUCCGCAGCUCUGCCCUACCUCAAAGUCCUCCCCAACAUCCUUUUCUCCUUUCCAGCCCUUCCCUCCAAAGCCGAAGACCAGCAUCUAAUCCAAACAUGGCCAGUUAUCCUCAGGUUUGCAAAGAGCACAAGAAAACCACAGCCUCACCCUCUAUAAGACAUCCUCACGUGGACUUGCGGAAUGAGAAAACCAGGAGGUGUGAGCUGCACCAGUGUGGUUAAGAGAGGGGUCAGGACGAGGGUUUUUCUUGAGGUCUGGGAUGUGACCCCACACCUAAAGCUGGGUCCCUGAAUUGUCUGCACUUCCCUUAUCCAGCACUAAUACUCUGGUACUUUCACCCACUAUCCCUUAUUUUCAACCACGAGAUUAACUGGGUGUCUUGAGCUGUAAAUAUGCUUUAAAAAUAUGUAUUUUUGUAAGAACAAAACUGGAAGAAAGAUGGAGCAGAGGAACAGCAUGUGAGCUCGUUAUGCUCCCUCUUUUUUGCAAAGUCUGCACUAUUGCUACAUGGUUGGGUGGUUUAACCUCACUUUUAGCACUUUCUGUCUCAUCUUUGCAUCCAAUUCCGAGAUCUGUGCCAAAGCCCAAUAACUAUUCCAAGGGCAAAAAUGGAAAAAAAAAGAGCACUCUUGGAUUUUCUGCUGUGACUGCAGUAAGGUUUAGGGUCUCUGAGUGGGAACUGGUAUUCCUUAAAUUAAAUAACUUAAAUUUGCA